AGUCAAUUGUGUAUGGUUGCGUGUGUGCGGAUUGCACUGCCGCUUCAAGCAGCAGUUUUAUUUACUAAUUAGAGUGCCGAUGUGCGGUAGGAAGUGUUAAAUGUACGUGGAAAAUGUCGAAUCCGGGCGGUAGCAGGAGGAAUGGGGCCAUGAAGAUUCGUUUAACGAUUUUAUGUGCCCGUAAUCUUGCCAGAAAAGAUCUGUUUCGCUUACCAGAUCCUUUUGCUAAGAUAACUGUUGACGGUUCUGGUCAAUGUCACAGUACCCAUACAUGCAAAGCAACUUUAGAUCCCAUGUGGAAUCAACAUUACGACUUAUACAUUGGAAAGGAUGAUGGAAUAACUAUAUCAGUUUGGAAUCAUAAAAAAAUUCAUAAAAAGAAAGGUGGAGGUUUUCUAGGAUGUGUUCGAAUAUUGUCUAACACGAUUCAAAGGCUGAAGGACACAGGAUAUCAACGAUUAGAUCUUUGUAAAGCGCACUCAGAUGAUACGGACGUUGUUAAAGGAGAAGUUGUUGUGUCUCUUUUAUCACGAGAUGGUCAUAAUGGUGCCGUAAGCAAUACCGUAGGUCAUAAUGCUGUUGUUGACGUUCUUGGAGACCUAAGUUGUCCAACUGAUUUACCAGAUGGUUGGGAAGAAAGGAGAACUCAGAGUGGGCGACUUUAUUAUGUUAAUCAUUACACUAGAACCACACAGUGGAUUCGUCCAAAUACUCGACCUAAUAAUAGUAUUAUAUCAACAACACCUGAACCACCGCCGUUACCUUCUUCUGAGCCCACUUCACCUAGCGGAAGUGGGAGCCCUUCUAAUUUAAGAACUGAAAGUCCUACCAGAUGUACACCUGAAUGGAAUGGAGAUGGAACUCCUAGUAGAACACCUAGUAGGGAUAGUUCUACUCCAAACACGCCAAGGAAUACACCAACUCAGCAACCAAAUAGGAAUCAACAAAAUCAACACAACACGAGAAAUGCAACACCAGCAUCGUCAAGGGAACGGCGGCCGGUUAGAGCAAAUGAUGAACAAAAUGGUAAUCAGAAUGGAAAUGUGAGGCCAGAUCGUGGCGUUAACAAUGGUCAAUUACGAAGGCCUAAUCGAAAUAACAGGAAUAGGAAUAGUGUAAUGGUAAAUAAUGAAAGGAGGUUCGAUCCUCCGCAACCACCAGAUUUACCAAGAGGUUAUGAAAUGAGAAAAACACAACAAGGACAGGUGUACUUUUAUCAUGUACCUACUGGCUCCUCUACAUGGCAUGAUCCUAGAAUACCUCGUGAUUUACCGGCAAAUGAGUUAGCUAACGAACUAGGACCGUUACCUAGUGGAUGGGAAAUGCGACAAACUCAAAGCGGUCGAGUUUAUUUUGUGGAUCACAAUAACAGAACUACACAAUUUACUGAUCCUAGAUUGUCAAGUCAAAUUAUAAGUAAUAUAUUAAAUAGACGACAAAAUAGUACAACCAAUCAAACAACAAGUAGUUCAAAUAAUCCAACUCCGCCUGCAAAUGAACCUGCAGAAACGGAAACUCCUUUAUCACCAAAUGUUCAAUGCACUACAGUUCAACCAAGGCCCAGGGCAGAAAAUGGCAGUAAUAAUAAUUCUUCACCAGUUGAAAAUACAUCAGUUCAAAACGCUCAGACAGUAUCAGAAUUACCUAAAGAAUUAAUGGACAAUGAACUUUUGCCAAAAUACAAACGAGAUUUAGUGGCAAAAUUAAAAUGUUUAAGAGCAGAAUUAAAUACUCUCCAGCCUCAAAGUGGUCAUUGUAGGCUCGAAGUAUCGAGAAACGAAAUAUUUGAAGAGUCAUAUAGAUUGAUAAUGAAGAUGCGGCCAAAAGAUAUGCGUAAAAGACUUAUGGUUAAAUUUCGUGGAGAAGAGGGUCUCGACUACGGUGGAGUAGCACGAGAGUGGUUAUACUUAUUAUCGCACGAAAUGUUAAAUCCACAAUAUGGACUAUUUCAAUAUUCAAGAGACGACAAUUAUACGCUUCAGAUUAAUCCAGAUUCAGGAAUAAAUCCGGAGCAUCUGUCUUACUUUCAUUUUGCUGGCAGGAUAAUAGGAAUUGCUGUUUUUCACGGUCAUCACAUAGAUGGUGGUUUUACAACCCCGUUCUAUAAAAUGUUGCUUAAUAAAGCAAUUACUCUUACUGAUAUAGAAGGUGUUGACCCAGAAUUACAUAGAAGUCUUACAUGGAUGUUGGAGAAUAGUAUAGAUGGAGUAUUGGACGCUACAUUUUCAGUGGAACAUAGUAGCUUCGGAAUGUUAAAAAAUCAUGAACUGAAACCCGGUGGUAAAGACAUUCCUGUAACUGAAGAAAAUAAAAAAGAAUAUGUCCGUUUGUAUGUUAAUUAUCGUUUUAUGCGAGGAAUUGAGCAACAAUUUCUAGCAUUACAAAAGGGAUUCCAUGAAUUAAUUCCACCUCAACUGUUAAGACCAUUCGAUGAAAGGGAAUUAGAGUUAGUUAUAGGUGGUUUAGGAACUAUUGACAUUAAUGAUUGGAAAAUGCAUACACGAUUAAAACAUUGUACCCCCGAUACGCCAGUAGUAAAAUGGUUUUGGCAAAUAGUGGAAUCCUAUGGAGAAGAAAUGAGGGCUCGAUUACUUCAGUUUGUUACUGGAAGUUCAAGAGUUCCAUUACAAGGUUUUAAAGCUUUACAAGGAUCAACAGGAGCCGCGGGCCCUCGUUUAUUUACAAUUCAUGCUGUCGAUGCGCCGAGUGAAAAUUUACCGAAAGCGCAUACCUGUUUUAAUCGAAUAGAUAUUCCAGAAAGUUAUCCGAGUUAUCAGAAAAUGCUUGAUAAACUUACACAAGCGGUUGAGGAAACCUGUGGUUUUGCUGUUGAAUAAUAGGUAAAAUGCAUAAAUUCAUUUUACUUAUAUAAUUUGUGUUAUAAAAUCACUGAAGUUACGGGUUUUCAUAGCAGGAAAUACUUAUCGACCGUAUUUACUGUCGUUAAAUUAAAUAUUAAUUUUUAAAGUAGCAGGAGAUGUUAUCUGAAAAGAAUAUGAAAAGAGUUAGUAUUAUAAAAUGAAAAUGUUAAUACAUGAAACGUUAAAGAAAAUUGUGACAAAUGUUUUUGUACAAAUGUCCAAAUGGCCUUGAUGGUUCUAAUGACUUCUAAAUGAUUGUCGAUUGGUACAUGUAUGUAUAUGAACACCUUUGUGAUUUCCACACUUCGUCCAUAAAAAUUUAAAUCAAUGGUUCCUCAGAAAUUUUGAUUAUAUUGGUCUUUAAUUAAUUUAGUCUUCAGUGACUAAUAGACAUACACAAAUAUUGCAAUUUCGCUGAGGUAAAUAUUUCAACUGAUCUAAAGUUUGAUUUUAUUUACAUGAAUUACAUUUUCCAUCAUACACCUAGGAUCAAUAAUUUACUUAUCAUAAGAUCACCAUCGAAGAAUUAGCUGCAUUGUUUUCAAGAUAUAACGACAAAUAUAAAAAUCAUGCAUGCACAAAAUAUGUACAGAAAAUGAAUUCUUUCACAUAUUGAUAAACACUCAUCAGUAAUUAGAUACGCUCAUGUUAGUAUUUUAUAUUAAAUAAAAAUAUUAAAAGAAAAAAAAUUAUUUACUUAAGAAUCUCAAAAUAUUCAAGUAUUUUCUAUACAAAAUUUUAAAAAUUAAUUUCUUGUAGUAGGACAAUGUGUUUGAUUUUUGAAAGCUUUCAAUUUCUUUUCAGUUAAGUGUAAUAAUAAUAUGCACAGUUUAUUAAUAAUUUCAUAUUAACAACUUUCAGAUAAUAGAGUUUAGUGACAGACUAAGGAUAUAUGUAUAUUCAAAUUCACGCUAUAUAUAAUCAAAUAUCGGUUACAAAACAGUACUGGAAUCCAAUAUUUUACUAUGUAUUGUUUGAAAUUGGUUAUGAUGGAGAUGGAGAAAUUAAAAACUUGUACAUACAUUACAGAUUUAGACGCAAGUGUUAAGUUUUUUAUUGUGAAUGUUUUAAAGAUUAAAUAGAAAUAGAUUCUGAACACAUUUCAACCUCUUAAUUUUUUUAAGGAAUGUAAAUUUUACUAAAUGUUUUCAAUAUAGACUUCGUAAAGAAGUAUUGAUUUGAAUUAUGUUAAUUAAAAUUUAAACCAAUUUAUAGAAGAACAUAAGUUUCAGUAUUAAAAUUAUUUUUAUUAAUACAUAUAAACACUUGCGUAUGGCCUCUGUAAUGAAAUCGGGAAAUUUUGUUAUUGUUAUGUAACUAAUAUUGUCCAACCGUUGUUGCUUGCUUAGCAGCUAGUAGCACCCGAAUGUGUUAGUAAAAUGUAAAUAGUACAGUUUAAUACAAAAUUAAUAACACGAGCGUAUAAUGUGCGAGUUAUAUAAUUAAGCUCGGCACAAUAAACAUGCAUCGGUUCUAGUGUAGACUGAAUCCGUGAAUCCUGUACAUUAGCUUUAAUUUAAAAUCGAACAUAUGUAUAUUUAAGGAAAGGGUUUAUCCGACAAAUUUAUGUAAAGUUAAAAAAGAGUUUUGCUCGAAUCAACCCUUUUAAAAAUUUCUGAAAUGAUCUAUACUUUACUAAUUUCGAAUUUGCUAUGACAAAACUUUUAGUAAAGUAUGGACACUUAUUUAUCGCACGAAUCUUUCGUUUAGUCUGUAACAUUUACUUUUAUUGUAAAAAUAGCUAAUAGCACGAAUCAUCAUUUCGUAUUAUUAUUAUUAUAUUAUUGUAUUUUAUUCUGCACAUAACUGUGAUCACACAUAUCGUGAAAAGAGAAGAUAUAGUGGGAGAUACUUAUCACAAAUUUGUUUUACAUUCAUCUUUUAAUAACAAACCAUUAUGUUUGUGUUUGUUUCGAUUAUUGUUUUUCUAAUGAGAUGUUGUAUUUAAUGUUUUCGUAUGUAAAAGUAUCACCCGUUUUCGGUUUUGAAAUACGGUCUGAUUACUUUGCCUUCAUAAUUCUGAAAAUUCUAUUUGCAGUGCUAACACUGUUAUGAAGAUAAAUAAUUAUUAUUUAUGUUUUGCGUGAUAUAAUACUAACGAAGCAAUCAUUCGAUUUUUAUACGAAAACGAGUGCAAUCAGUAACAGUAAUUAUGCAUUCGUAAAAUGUUACAACAGUAUUAAAUGAAAUUUAUCGAAUGAUGUUGCUGAUUUAAAAUUAUUUAAUUGUACCAGGAUGUUAUUUUUCAUAUUAAUAUUUUAACACUUUGUUAAAAUUUUUCUAAUAAGACUUUAAUCGCGAUAUUUUAAAGUCUCUGUCAAUUUUUCUUAGAAUGUAGAAAUAUUUUUAAACAUACGUUAUUGAAAAAACAGAUUGAGGAUCUCCCACUAUUCUGUUAUAUUUUAAACUUUUUUUAAUGUCACAUCUGAGAGGAAUAAAGGCCUUAUUAGUGCCUUGGAGUUGAUGUCAAUGAAAAAAGGACAAACAUUUUAUGCCCGUCAUAUUUUGGAAUAAAAAUAAUAUUGCACAUCAUUUUAAGAGAAAAUCUCAUUAAUUAAAAUACCUAAAAAUUGUCGCGGAAUAGAUUUUAUGAAUGUAUGUAUAGGUUAUUAUAAGAUAAAUUACUCUUUAAUCGAAAAACAUAUAAUUAGGUCACCAUUCAGGUAAAUGUUGUCAAGGAAGUUUUAAAACAUUCAGAUUUAUAAAUAUUUCACAAGUAUCCGAAUUAUUCUCUAAUUAUAUCUUGCAGUUAAAUAAAAAAAAAAAUAAAACGUGAGGAAAAUAAUAUCCAUAAAUAUUUUAUAAGCCAAUUGAUUUAAAAACUUCUAACACAGUGAAUAAUAAGUAUUUUAAGAAGAAAAGCUUUAGUGUUUUUAUAUGUAUUACAUGUAUAAGUAAUUAGAGAAAACUGAAUCUGUAUUUAUUAUAACAUGUAAAAUAAUUAAUAUGAACAAAGAGAAAUACUACUUUCAACGGUUUAUUACUAUGUGCAAUUAAAUUUGGCUCAUUCGAGGAUUGUAAUAAGGAUGAAUUUUUAUCUGUCUGAUUGUGACAAAUUGGGCGAAAGAUAAUAAUAUAUCAAUCAUUAAAUUAAAGUACAAAAGAUGCAAAAUCAGAAUUUCAGUUAACACAUAUCAUGUACAGCGACUCUUAUUACAUUUUCCAAUUUACAAAUUUAAAAUAUAAUUUUAAUUAUUAAUUAAUUACGGGUAUAGAUGCUCUCUUGAAUUGUAUAAACUUUCGAACAUUAACGAUCGAAGUUCGUUAACGUAUAUGGUGAUGAGAUUUCGAAUUCCACGUUUAUAAGUACAUUGUAUACUGAACUCGGCAAUAAUAAAAUCUAUUAUAUCCAAUAGCAAGAUAUUUUACUAAUAUUUAUCGAUGUGAAUAAAAGAAAGCAUUUAAAAGAAGUUGGAAGCAACUCCAAUAUAUUAAUAAUAAAAGCUCGUUUGUUUAAGAACAUUCACAUGGAUCUUCAAAAAACCUUAUGUCAAGCUAUGUGUGAAAGUUAAAAAAUACGAAUGCGUUCAGGACACCACAUUUUAUUAUUCCUAUUAUUAUUAUUAUCACUAUUAUUAUUACUACUACUACUAUUAUAUUAAUGUAACCGUUGUUAUUAUCAUUAUUGCGCAGGACUUUCGAAACACAAUUGUAUAUAUAUCUUUUCCUUUUGUAUUUUGGAUGAAAUGUAUAUUUUAAUAAAAUAUCCAAAGUAUACAUUU